UCCUUUCCUCUCCGGCAUAUGAUUGGCUACCGGAGGUACCUUCUUUCCUUUUCUCUCUCUCUGGGCUGCGAGGGAGGCCGUCAAGAUGAACGACACAGUCACCAUCCGAACGAGGAAGUUCAUGACAAACAGGCUGCUUCAACGUAAGCAAAUGGUAAUCGAUGUCCUUCACCCUGGAAAAGCCACCGUUCCCAAAACAGAAAUCCGCGAGAAGUUGGCCAAAAUGUACAAGACGACUCCGGACGUCAUUUUUGUCUUCGGCUUCAGGACCCAUUUUGGUGGUGGGAAGACCACGGGCUUCGGCAUGAUCUACGAUUCUCUAGACUACGCCAAGAAAAACGAACCAAAGCAUAGACUGGCCAGGCACGGCUUGUACGAAAAGAAGAAGACGUCCCGGAAACAGCGCAAAGAGCGUAAGAAUAGGAUGAAGAAGGUCAGAGGAACCGCGAAGGCCACGGUGGGCGCCAGCAAGAAGAAAUGAGGUGUUUGUGAGCCAGUCAGAAAACCAAACAGGAAAACUUAACAUAGCCCGUGUCUAUGGAAGUUGUACUGAAGUCAGUUCUAUGAAUAAAUUUCUAUGAAAACUAAAA